AAUUGACGAGCAGAGAGGAAAGAGAAGUAUACCAGCUUAGGAUCGCUGGAGAGCUCGGACCACGACAACGGUGUCAAUAGGUCGACUUUUGAAAAUUGAUACUCAAUUUUAGUGAUCCAGGCGUCGUCAUGCAGCGCAAAAAUAUCGCGACUGCUCUGCUGCUCGCUGUCGUCCUCCUCCUCCAGCAGGCCCUUCCCAGCGCCGCGCUCGUGGAUCAUUACGACAGGCUCGUCAUCGACUACAGCAUCUGCAUGCACAGCUGCGCCUACGUCGGCAAUCGUUGCGUCGAGUCGACCGGCCAGAAUCUUCCCGCGCGCCUGCACGGCUGGCGCGGCAUGCUGUGCUACCUCUUCUACUUCCAGUGCUUGACGCGCUGCAACGUCAUGCUGCCCGAGCAGGCGAGACCCGAGCUGGAUCUCUUCGGGGCGUACACUUUUUUCGCCCGCAAUACGUAGGGAUUCGUUCUCGAAAGUGCGCGUGUGUAUAUAGGUGACUUUUCCAUCGGAGAGUGUAGAAAAAAGGACUGACGUCGAGUGAACGAUGAAAAGUUGAGUAACGUACUUUUUGUUUACAAAAUAUAUUCGAGUUUUUUUAUAUGAAAAAAUAUAUAUUUUUUGUACGGAAAAUGUUAAUGUUGUGUAUGAAAAAUAUAUAUUUUUUACAUUUAUGACAGUUAUUUAAAACAGACAUGAAUAUUUAAAAACCCGCCGAUUUUGAGUAUGAUUCACGAAGGGAUCUCAGUUUGUAAACAAAUAUUGUAUUUAACUAUGUAAAUAAAUGUCAGUUUAUAACAUGACUACCACCAGGAACUCAA